GGAGGCGGGCGGGCGGGCGGUGCGGCCGCGGGGAGGGAGGAGCUGCGCCGAAGUGCGGACACCUGCGCCCCGGCCCGCGCGGCCCCUCUGUUGCUUCACCGCGCGCGCUUGUGAGAUAGGGGCGAGCCGAGCGCCUCUGCCCGCCCGCGCUCCUGCCGGGGCUCCGCGUGCCGCUCACGCGUGCUGCCCCGGCCCGGCCCGCUCGAGACGCCCCGUGGACCCGGAGGCGGCAGGGGCUGUGGGACCCCGGCGGGCCGAGGCUCUCCGCCCUGGCCACAGCCGCGACUGCUGCCUCCAACGCAGACUGGGAGCUCGAGGACGCAGGUGUCCAGUUUCCCUUGACCUUGGGGACCCGGGAAGGUCACAUGUGCCAUGGCUAUGGCUAGUGUCAGAUUGGCCGCCAGUGUCUUAAGAAAGCCAGAUGCUUGGAUUGGACUCUGGGGCACACUGCGAGGGACACCUUCGCAUAAACCCUGUGCUUCCUGGAAUCGAUACUUCUAUUUUUCUAGUACCAAGUUAAAUGCAUCAGAUUAUAAAACACUUUUCCAUAACAUUUUGUCACUGAGACUCCCAAGGCUUCUAAUAUCUCCAGAAUAUAUUUUCCCAUUUUCCAUAAGACUCAAAAGCUCUAAAAAAUCCACAAAAAAGACUUUGCAAAAAGUUGAAGAUGAAGAGGUCUCUGAUGAAGAGAGUGAACAGCAAGAGAUGAGCGAGCAGGAAGAGGAGCUCGAGGAUGACCCCAGUGUAGUUAAGGACUAUAAAGACCUGGAGAAGGUAGUGCAGUCUUUUCGGUAUGAUGUCAUCCUGAAGUCAGGCCUCGACGUUGGGAGAAACAAAGUGGAAGAUGCAUUCUACAAAGGUGAACUCAGGCUCAACGGGGAAAAAUUAUGGAAGAAAAGCAGAACGGUGAAAGUGGGAGAUACUCUGGAUCUUCUCGUUGGAGAGGAUAAAGAAGGAGAAACCGAGACAGUGAUGAGGAUUCUCCUGAAAAAGGUGUUUGAAGAGAAGACUGAAAGUGAGAAAUACAGAGUAGUGUUACGACGGUGGAAAAAGCUAAAGUUGCCUAAAAAGAGUACAUCUAAGUAAAUGGAUUGCCUUUUAUUGCUAAAGCUCCUUUCUAGUGGUGGGGGAAGGGCCCAGCUUAAAAAGAGGACAUUUUUAUUAAAAUAAAGUUCUCUUACCAUUUGUGGAA